CAGUGGGCUGACGGACACCAUGCUGAAGCUGCUGCUGCUGCUGCUGCUGUCCUCGUGGACGAGCUCGGCUCUGCUCAGGGUUGCUCUGACGCGGGUGGUCCCGAUCCGGACCCAGCUCCGGGCCGAGGGCCUGCUGGAGGACUUCCUGAAGGACUACAGACCCGACAUGUUCAACCGCCGCUACGCUCAGUGCUUCCCGCCCGGGACGCCGUCGCUCCGCCUCGGACGCUCCAGUCAGAAGAUCUACAACUUCAUGGACGCUCAGUAUUACGGUGAGAUCAGUUUGGGGACUCCGGAGCAGAACUUCUCUGUGAUUUUUGACACCGGAUCAUCGGACCUCUGGGUGCCGUCGUCCUACUGCGUCAGCCAGGCCUGCGCUCUGCACAGACGUUUCAAGGCCUUCGAGUCGAACAGUUUUCAUCACGACGGUCGAACAUUUGGGAUUCACUACGGCUCAGGACACCUGCUGGGAGUCAUGGGAAGAGACACGCUGAAGAUCGCAGGACUGACAACUGUGGACCAGGAGUUUGGAGAGUCCGUCUAUGAACCCGGGUCCACGUUCGUAAUGGCAAAAUUUGAUGGAGUUCUUGGACUGGGCUACCAGUCCCUGGCAGAGAUCCUUGGAAACCCCGUCUUUGACAACAUGAUUGCCCAGCAGCUCCUGGACGAGCCCGUGUUCUCCUUCUACCUUGGCAGGAGAACAAGCACCAGCAACCCAGAAGGAGAACUGCUGCUAGGUGGGAAAGAUGAAGCUUUAUACACCGGACCAAUCAACUGGAUCCCCGUCACCGCUAAGGGAUACUGGCAGAUUAAGAUGGAAAGUGUGGCGGUACAAGGUGUGAGCUCGUUUUGUCCUCGGGGAUGCCAGGCCAUCGUUGACACUGGAACCUCCUUAAUUGCUGGACCCACCAAUGAAAUUCUCCGUCUCCAACAGCUGAUUGGAGCCACGCCCACUCGCAUCGGAGAGUUUCUGAUCGACUGUGGCCGGUUGUCCAGUUUACCUCAUGUGACCUUUGUCCUGGGUGGGAUCGAGUAUUCGCUGACCUCUGAGCAGUACGUCAGAAAGGAGAUCUUCAGCGGCAGGGAGCUGUGUUUUAGUGGUUUUGAGGCCUUGGACAUCGUUUCCCCUGAAGGGCCCCUGUGGAUUCUGGGAGAUGUAUUUCUGACGGAGUACUACAGCAUCUUUGACAGAGGACAGGACCGGGUCGGCUUCGCCCGAGCCAAACACCCCAUCGAAUAAUCGCCCAUCAGUUACAGCUUUAAAGAAUUUCCACCAAAGUUAAUUUUCUUGGACCAGUCAUGAAGCAGCUUGGAUUUACAAACCAUUGGACACAAUGAAGCCGUUUUACCGGAGGAGGCCAACGUUUGAUGUGAAAAUGGGAUUCGGGACAUUCAUUAAUUCAGUUUAACCCACGAAAACAAACAAAGACUUCCCCACGCCCCGAAUCAUUUAUUAAGUGGUUCAGUUCCUUGUUUGGCCACAGGACGGCAACAAAAACACA